GACCUGGCAAAAGGAUGUGCUGCAGCGAAACGGCUUCCACUUUGCCGCUUUCUUCUACUUCACGCAAAUCCAAUUUAGGGCUGUGGUUCUUCUCCGGUCCACGAGAAUUCGACGGGCUGGGGGCGGCCAGCGGCGACCCAUUAAAGAUCUCGAUCUCUAUUCCGGCAACCACCUGUUCCCUCGACGCCAAUCAGGAUCCAGAGAUGUGGAUAUAUGUGAAAUUCGUAGUGAUUUGUAGCCUCCCUGAGAUCGGUAUAAAAUUCGUGUGAUUUUGUUCCGGUGGUGCUCGGAUGGAUGAUAGGGUGGCUCCGGAGAGGCGUUUUCAAGAUCUUGAGGGCUUCGAUGGCGUCGAAACAGGUAUAACAUUCUCGUGAUUUUGUUCUGGUGUUGCUCGGACGUAUGAUUGGAUGGCUCCGCAAGGCGAUUCCAAGAUCUGCGAUACUUGAGGGCUUCGAUGGCUUGGAAACAGAUCUCGAAGCGGACAUUGAGCGAUCCAACGGCAAAGGUGAGAGAAGGAAGGAUUAUCGUUCGUUCGAACGAAAGACACAACUUCUGUCCAACUUUAUGAAGUACCAAAUAAACCCCCCAAUAAAAACCCACAGGUAUGCUCCCAUCACCGUCUGAUAUCAGGGGACCUUCUCCUGCUGAUGUUUCCUUUUCUUCUCUUUCGAUGCGGCCCCCAUGGAUUCCCCGGUACAGUGCAUCGCCGCCGCCGCCGCCGCCGCCGACGACGAAUCCUCUUCCCCGGUGGAGAUGGGUCCCCUCGCUCUUCCACCCAAUUUUAUUACAUAAACCUCCCUAGGCGAUGUACCUGAAAUCGAUGCGACAAGAGAGUAGGAGAGAGGAAUCGAAUCUUCUUCGUCGUCUUUCGCUUCCGCAAACGACCGAACGCCUAGAGAGCGUGAUUACCUUCACAAGAAACACGCAAUUGUCCUCCUGCAAUUAAUUCCUUCCACGCCACACACCCCCUCUUCCUUCCCCCAAGCCCCUUUUCACAAAGAAACCCUUUUAAGUAACAAAGCCAAAGCGUGCGGGAGAGAGAGAGAGAGACUGAAGCAUGGCUGGAGUGGAGAAGAGAGCUGGCAAGGCUUCUUCGGAUCCCGGAUGGGUGAUUCCUCAGUGGUGGGAGGAGACGGCGGAGGCCAUAGCUUAUGACUCCUGUACUUGGCCUCCUCCCAUCACGUUGGUCUGCGGUCCUGGCAACAGCGGCAAAUCCACCUUCUCUCGCCUUCUCCUCAAUACCCUCUUGCCAAGGUACAAGAGAGUAAGUUAUUUGGAUACGGAUGUGGGCCAGCCGGAAUUCACCACUCCUGGUUGCGUCUCCCUUCACAUCAUCGAUAAGCAAACUCCAGAUUUGACGAUUCUGUAUCUGAAGACACCAGAGAGGUGCCUCUUUUUUGGUGAUAUUUGUGCAAAAAAGGAUCCCAAAGUUUAUUUAAAUUGUAUUUUCAGCCUCUAUGAUCACUUUCUUAGCGAGUGCUAUCAAUCUACUGAGCUUGAUAACCCUGCGAAACCAAUGUUGCCUCUUGUUAUUAACACAUCAGGAUGGGUGAAAGGAAUUGGAUAUGAUAUGUUGGUGAAGAUGCUGCGGUAUAUGUCACCCUCUCAUGUGGUUCAGAUACGCAUCUCUGCAGAAAGUAAGAAUCUGCCGACUGGAACGUUCUGGUUAAAUGGAAGCCAGAAGCAUUCAGCUAAAUUGUUUGAAAUUUGUGCAGCUCCCAAGGAAUCUUUGAAUCGACAGGUCUUGAUAAAGAAGGAUGCAUGCAUGAUCCGGGAUCUUCGAUUGAUCGCUUACUUUAGGCAGUGCUUGCCAAGAGACUUGGACAUCUCAACGUACCAGGAACUUGUUCAUAGCUUGGCUUUGAUUCCUCCUUGCGAAGUUCUUCUCCCGAGGAUUAAAGUUCAGCAUCUUCAUUGCCAGCCUUCAAGCAGCGAUCUGUAUCAUGGUUUGGAUGCUACAGUUGUUGGCCUUGCAAUUAGUUCAUGGAUGCCAACCUCAUCUGAACAUUGCACACCUUGGUGUGUUGGACUUGGGCUUGUGCGAGCUGUAGACAUUUCAAAAGAUAUCCUCUAUUUAAUUACACCUGUUGCUCGCAGCACUCUGGAAAAAGUUGAUCUCCUUUUGCGAGGUUCUAUUGAAAUUCCUGUUUGUCUGUUGCAGGGAUGUAGAAACUCAUCCCCUUUCAUGUCAAGAAAUGUGCCGCAGAAUUUUGAGCAACCAGAGCUGGAUGAACAUGUUGCCAGGGCAGAAAAACAGUUAUCUGAACUCCGGUUUCGUUAGCUGAUGCAGUUUCACAAGCUUCAGGUAUCUUUUAUGGGCAGAUGGGAGGAACAAGCAAUUGCUACCUUCUCUCCACCAUGCUUCAUAUUGAAAGCAUAAUUUAUCUAGAUUCAGUUUUCAUGCAGAUCUGACUAGGCUCCAGAAAUAUCUGUCAUGAAGCUUAUUCUGGAAAACAAGUAUUUACAGAAAUUCAAAAAUGUGUUUCAUUGAAGCGUAAUGAUUUUUAACAUUCAUCUGUAUAGUUUAAGUACUGGUUGAAGAACAACAAAUGUCAUCCAUGGCUGGACUUGUCUAGUUUGAGCUUUGAUGCCUCUGUCAUCGCUCUCAUUUCUAGUUUGCUGUAGUAAUUUUGUGAUUGGAAGUACAUAUUUUCUGCUGACAUGACAGGCAUGCUUCAAAUAUGCAUUUUCUAUUCUCAUUUUCAAUAGAUGACUUAAAUAUGAUGAGUUUGGAAGAUGAUCUUGAUGAAUUCAUCACACGAAAAGAAAGGUCCCAUCAUGUAAUGUAUAAAGAAGUUUCAGGUUGGAAAGUUGCGCAGAAAGCAGAGAGAUAGUCAAUCUACUUUCGGGACAGAGUGGAAGAAAGGAGGAGAUUUUGGAACGAAGAAAAAGAUUCAAUUACUUCGAAAGAAUUGAACGAAGAGUCAUAUAAGGUGAAAAUCUCAUGUACGAUUCUGUAGAGUGACAGUAAAGAUGAUUUAUCUCUCGCGAAAAUCAGAGUAGACACGAAUUCUCCCAAUUUGUGACCUAUCAUACGAUCUGUUAUAUAAAUAGAUAAAUUUUUCUUUCCAUUAUGAAUA